UUGACUGAAAUAGGAACUUCAUAUUUUAUUUGCGUACGAAAUAUCUUAACCAAUUGUUUUUCAUCGAAUAAAACAACCGUGUACAGUCUCAGAUUGAUUGUAUUAAACUUAUACAACGUGCUGUAGGUAAGUUCCUGUUUUCCAGUGAAAAUGAAUAAGCAUCCUCGAACAAGAACAAUGUCGACAGGCAACGACUGUGUAGUAUGUGCCCACCCUAUUGACGUGUAUGCUGUUGGACACUGUGACCAUGUUAUCUGCUUUAAGUGUUCAACAAAGAUGAGAUUGCUCUGUAAAGAGAAAUAUUGUCCUGUUUGCCGAAAAGAGUUAAAAAAGGUGAUAUUCUCGUCCAACAAAAAUAAUUUUGUCAACCUCAAUGCUAAAAGGCUAAUUAAAGAGACUCGUUACAAUUUGAAUGUAUUUUUUACUGAUGCUGCUACGGAGACAAAGUUUAUAAAACUGCUGGAACAUCAGUGCCAAAUUUGCCCUAAUAGACCUCCCGAUACUAACUUUCAGAACCUAAAAUCUCACAUACGUAAAGAGCAUGGCAUGUACCAUUGCGAAAUUUGUCUAGAGCAUAACCGAAAUUUUACUAGUGAGUAUAAAGUGUACAGUAGGAAAGACCUGGCCACACACAAGCGCGUUGGGGACGCAAAUGACCGCUCCCACAAAGGCCACCCACUAUGUAAGUUUUGUGACGAACGUUACCUUGAUGAUGAUAAAUUGUUUCACCAUCUGCGUACGGAGCAUUUCUACUGUCACUUGUGUGAGCACCUUCACUCAAAUGAUUUCUAUGACAACUAUAUAGAAUUACGGAAGCAUUUUAAAAGCGACCAUUUCCUAUGUGAAAUAGCAAACUGUAAAAAUGAAGAAUUUACAUCAGUUUUCUCAUCUGAGAUUGACCUAAAAGCACACUGUGCUGUGGCUCAUAAAGAUAUGAAGUCUAAACAACAACAAAAACAAGACCGGCAGAUUAAUUUAGGUUUUCAAUACACAAGGAGACCCCCACCUGCCUCAAGAGGAAGAAGGCCACACAAUCCUCAUCGAUCAGCUGCUGCAUUUGAGGAUUCAAAUGACAUGGAACUAGCAGCAGCCAUGUCACUGUCUAUGAAGGAUGUAGCCCCAGCACCUACAGAGCCAGAUGCUCCGGUUACAAAAGAUCAAAAGCCACCUGUAAAGCAAGAGCCAGCGCAGCCAUCUCUUUCAAACCUCAUAGAAUCUAACCAGUUUCCAGGUUUAGGUGACACAGCUUCAGCUGCACCACCAAAACCAAUCCCGGCUGUUUUAAGGGAAAAGAAACCAGAAGCUGCUGCAGCUCCACUUUGGACACCCAAGUCAAACUACCCAUUACAAAGCAAUAGUACUAAUGACUUUCCUGCUCUAAGUCAACCAACUACUAAACCUAAACCAUUCCUUCAGCCCCAAGCCGUUGCAAAGAAGCCUACAAAACAAAAACAGCCACCUCAAAGUGCGCCCAACUUAAAUUCAAGACAAAAUACGAACUCUGCUAGUUUAAAAAGUGAAGACGAUUUUCCCUCUUUUUCAAAACCAAAACAGCCACUUCAAAAAGGUCCAAACUGGAAAUCCCGACAAAAUGUGAACUCUACGAUCUUAAAAAGUGAAGAGGACUUUCCUUCUUUAGGAGGAACUGCUAAACCAGUUGCACCAUGGAAAACCCAGCAAAAUUCAGUCAUUAAAAAAACAUACAUAAAACCAGUGGCUGUUCAUAACAAAACCUCUACUGUUAAUGCCAAUAAAAAGAAACCAAUAUCUUCGGAAGUAAGACAGAAAAAUCGUUCUGUAGUUGGCUAUGCAGGAAAUUCUAAUGAAGAAUACUCCGAUAGUUUUGUAACAACGUCGCAAAACUUCCAUCGCUCUGACAAAUCAAGUUUAACUAGAAUGGUGCAAGAUACUUCGCUAUUAGAUGAACCGGCACAUUACGAACUGGGCUCAAAUAUAACAGUCACUAAACAGCAGCCAGUAAGUAAGCCAGCUAUGAAGCAAAAGGCAUUUACAAAGGAGGAACAAGACUUCCCAGCUUUGUAUGCAAGUGGGGAAAUACACUGGGCACAUGCGGAGCCUGUUUACCGACAUAACAUACCUUCUCAUUAUACUUACAAUGACCACUACCCAUCUAAUUCACAUACAGACCAGCAACAAAAUGGAACGGAUUUAAAAUUGUCGAACAUUUUUGAUUUCCCUUCAUUAUAACAUGCCUCUUGCUUAUUUAAUGCUCAUCUAUUCAAUUUCUUUCUUCUGUUCUAGACCUUUUCCGAUUGUACUAACUGUUUACAAUAAACUGUUCUAUUGGCUUUUA